AUGUCUUGCGAAGCGAUCCGGGUGACCAUGACCCCUAUGUUAGGGCCAUCAAAAAGCAUCUCCUACCCGAGAUGUGGUAAUGGGAUGCUCAGAGAGAUUGCGUAUGUGGUUCUGGAGUUGUUGUAUUGGCGUGAUCCGAAGAAAAGUGCCGUAGCUCUAUCGCUAAUCCUUUUGGCAGUUUUCAUUCUUGCAAAAUAUCCAAUUUUGUCCGUGAUCGCCUAUACUGGUUUGGCCGUACUUGCCGGUACCAUUGGAUUCCGUGUUUUCAAGACAAUCGAGGCUCAAGUAAAGAAAACUAGUGGAGAGAAUCCUUUCCAGGAGUACCUCGCCAAGGACUUGCAACUGCCUCAGGAACGAAUUCAUGCACAAGUGGAUGUGCUCGCAGAACAUGGCACAGUCCUAUUCAACCAACUCAAGAGGCUUGUCUUCGUUGAGAACAUCGUCGAGAGUGUUAAGGUGGGUCGGACAGAGUUUACGGUGCCUUGGGGGUUGGGGCUUUGCAAAUGA